GCUCUUCAAUAACAACCAGUCUUGCAGGAAUAGCUCAAGGACUCAGAUCUCCCAAUCAUGUCUAUCAACACAGAGAGGGAGAUGGAGGCUGCCAUCCAAGCACCCAACACAAAGAGCAUGAGCAAAACCAUGAAGCUGACCCUACUCUUAGUGAAUUGCGCAAUCCUAUCCAUCGGCAACACCGGCGGCCCACUGCUUCUCCGGCUCUACUUCCUUAAAGGCGGCAAGCGCAAGUGGCUAUCAAGCUGGCUGGAGACAGGUGGGUGGCCUAUUCUUCUGAUCCCACUCUCUGCUGCUUACGCCCACCGCCGACAUCACAAGGGAAGCAAAGAUGCUAAGAUCAUGUUCAUGUCGCCUUUUCUCUUCGGCGCUUGUGUGAUCCUCGGCAUCCUGACUGGCUUGGAUGAUUUCAUGUAUGCUUAUGGUGUUUCCCUCCUCCCUCUCUCUACGUCCGGCCUUCUCAUCUCUGCUCAGUUAGCUUUUCAAGCGGUGUUUGCACUUUUCAUUGUUAGACACAAGUUCACUCCUUAUUCAAUCAAUGCCGUUGUUUUGUUGACGGUCGGAUCUGUUGUUCUGGGCCUUCACACGAACGGAGACCGACCCAUAGGAGAGUCGAGGAUGGAGUACUUCAAGGGCUUCUUCAUGACUAUUGCAGCGGCCGUGCUUUAUGGCGCGGUGAUGCCGUUGAUCGAGCUGACUUAUAAGAUGACUAAGCAAGCGAUAACCUACACGUUGGUGAUGGAGAUGCAGCUCGUUAUGGGCUUCUUUGCUACUGCUUUCUGUACUGUGGGGAUGCUGGUGAACAAGGACUUUCAGGCAAUUCCGAGAGAGGCAAGAAACUUCAAGCUCGGUGAGACCAAGUACUACGUUUUGCUGGUCUUUUCAGCUAUCGUCUGGCAGUUUUUUUUCUUAGGAACGGUGGGGGUAAUUUCAUGUUCGUCGUCACUGCACGCUGGGGUCGUGAUCAGUUCUCUUCUCCCGAUAACUGAAAUCUUAGCAGUGUUGUUUUACAAAGAGAAAUUCACUGCCGAGAAAGGCAUUUCUCUAGCUCUCUCUCUUUGGGGUUUUGCCUCAUACUUCUACGGAGAGUACAGGAAAAGCAAGAAAGAGAAACCUAGGGUAGAAGGAAGGGAGCUGCCUGAGUCCUCGCAUCCACAGGAAAAGCAAGAAAGAGAAACCUAAGGUAGAAACGAUCUAGUGGACCAAAUUGUGGGGACCUAGCACCUCUCUGGACCGUCCAUGAGGUCCAGUCCAGUCAUCUUUCGCUACUGUGGAGAAAUCACUGCAAUCGGAUCCCACUAAACGUCCAUGACUGGAUCUCUUGUAGGGAAGAUCUUGAUCAUCCAUUUUUUCAUGCCAUCAUCGGAUCAGUAUAAUGUUU